AUGAUUACUGACGAAAACAAAAGGUUUCUCAUAAUUGGUGACCAUAAUGUAGACUAUUUAACCGAUAAUACCAUGAAGCGGCGUAUCAAUGAUGUGUUAACAUCCUAUGGGUGUCAAAACAUAAUAUCCUUUGCUACUCGCGUGACAGCGGAUUGUGCGUCGUCCAUUGACUGCGGGAUAUCGAACUGUGCGAGCGAUGAACUUUCUGUAACACCGGUCGAUACCGCGAUCAGCGACCACAACGCGCAACGAUUUGAAUUAAUCACCCAACAUAAACUCGAUAACAAAGAACACAGAGUAGUCGAGCGCCGCGUUUUUGACAUAGAUUCAAUUGGAUUAUUUUACCGUGACAUUGCAAAUUACAAUUUUAAUUUUAUAUAUGAUAAUACGUUUGACAUCAAUUAUAAAUUUAAUAAACUAUUUAAUAUUUUUAAACAUUACAUUGACAUACAUUUUCCAAUUAAGAAGUUUAGUUGUAAAAAUAAUCCAAAGGUGCCGUGGCUAAGUGACGAAUUGGCGGAGUUGAUCUGUAAGCAUGUCGACCUCCAUGAAAUUAGACGUCAGUACCCAAACAAUCCAAUUCUAACAGAAUGUAUUGAUCAUUACUCCAGUCUAAUUAAGACAAAAACAUUGCAAACACGUCAAAAGUUUAUUGAAUGUAGGCUAAUGGACAGUGGCAACAAAUCGAAAGAAAUUUGGAAAAUUGUUAACGAAGAAGUGGGAACAAAAUCGAAAUCUCAGAACAUAUCCUUACGUGACCCUCUAACGAGCUUAACUAUAGAGAAAAGGGACCUGCCUAAUACAUUCAAUUCCCAUUUCCUUAGUAUAGCGUCUAAGUAUGCCAUACAAGGUGACUUGUCCGAGUCUAUUAGGUACCUACAGACGCAUUUAGGUAUGACUGAUGUACCCAUUUUCACUCUGCCGGUCGUCACUCGCGAUCUCUUAGAUAAGGCACUACACUCUAUGAUGAAGAAGCGUAGCACCGUCGAUGCUUUUGAUAUUUCACCCAAUAUUCUGUUUUGGACUUGGCCGGUUGUUGGUGACGUACUUGUUGUGCUCAUAAACCUUAUGUUCGAAACUGGUACAUAUCCUGACGUUUUAAAAAAUGCCAGGGUAUGUCCAGUCUUUAAAGGAAAGGGCGACAGGUGCGACGUCAACAAUUACAGGCCUAUUACAAUAGUGCCAACCAUAUCCAAAAUGGUUGAGUCUAUCUUGUCCUGAUAACGAGUAACCAAUAUGCGUACCGACAGAAAAUGUCCACAACCACCGCGGCGUGCAGGAUGUUUGAUUCUAUAGUGACUGGGUUAGAUGAC